AUGGCUCCCCCAGCAGCAACCAGCGACAUCGCGCUACCGGCCUCGCCAGAGUAUCCUCUCCCUGAACAGAAGGAUCCCUUGGCAUCCUCAACACCAGUCACGAGCCUAUUCUCUCUGUCAUCCAAGACCAUCGCCAUCACAGGAGGCGGUCGUGGCCUCGGCAUCACUUUUGCCCUCGCCGUCCUCGAGGCGGGAGGCCAUCCCGCCUGUCUCGACAUUCUGGAGUCACCCUCGCCUGUCGAGUGGGACCACCUGACCAAGCUCGCCGCCGCGCGUGGCCAGCACGUCUCCUAUCAUCGCUGCGAUGUGACGGACGAGGACGCCACGCGGGCCGUUCUGGAGGACAUUGACGCCGCCGCGGAAGCCCGCGGUGCGCCCUUUGGCGGCACCAUUGCCUGUGCGGGGAUUCAACAGAAGGUGCCGGCGCUGGACUAUCCUGUUGCCGACUUUGAGCGGAUCCAGAGGGUGAACGUCGUGGGUGUUUUCGUGACGGCCAAGCAGACAGCGAGGAUCUUGGUGGAGCGCAAGAGAGAAGGUAGCGUCGUGCUCAUUGCGAGCAUGUCGGGGCAGAUUGCCAACAGGGGCCUGACAUGUUCGGCCUAUAACACGAGCAAGGCGGCUGUCCAGCAGAUGUGCCGCUCGCUAGCCCAAGAAUGGGGCCAGUACGGCAUCCGAGUCAACACGUUGUCGCCUGGUUACAUCCGGACGGCAAUGACGGACGAGCUUCUGGCGGCUGAGCCUGAAGUCGAGAAGACGUGGAUGCACGGCGCCAUGCUCAACCGACUUGGCGUACCCGAAGACUUCAAAGCGCCGGUUGUGUUCCUGCUGUCGGAGGGUAGCCGGUUCAUGACGGGUGCCGACCUUCGGGUGGAUGGAGGGCACUGCGCCUCGGCAUGA